UUUUUUGAUCUACUACAGAAUAUUUUAAGGGAUUAUUUAUUUAUUUUAUUUAUGUAUUUUUUUUUUCAUUUCAGGCACAACAAAAUACAUAUAUUGAACAUAAAGUGCACAAAACAAAAAACAAAAUUUACCUGAAAAGGAGUGGGACGAAGAAAACUUAUUAAAUCCCACCCCUAUGCUCACUCAUCAACAAAAAACAAUAAGCUUCCCGCAGCUACGCCCAUCGUUGCAAACCAAACAAACCCAUCAACAACCCCGGUGUGAGGAGUUUUCCUGUAAUGCAACUCAGGUCAGAAUAAUUGACACUCAGACAGGUUUGCAAUUUAACGUGCACACGGGUGAGAGCUCGAAGGAGACUCACACCCUGGAGCAGUUGUCAGCCUUUAUUUAUACUCAAGCAUGUUUGCGUCUCAGAAACAUGCAGGAAGAGAUAACAUAAAACUGUGCAGACUUCCUGCUGAGCUUGCACAGUUGUGCAGGCUUCCUGUUGAGCUUGCACAAUGUAACUUCUCUAGUAAAAAGAGCAAACACAUCUAAAAAACCUUAAAUGAAAUGUACUUCUAAACAUAAACAUAAUAAAAUCUUUCAACAUUCCCUCCUGUUGUUUGAUUUUUUUCUCCUAUAUAUACACAUAGCAACUCACUAACACUGUAUCAGUCUAUGGCCACUCUGUGCUGCAUUACUGAGAUUCUUAAAGCAUCUAUUUCCUCGUUUUGUGUCUUAUUUUGCAUGAAGCGUUCAGGAAGAGUUCACAUCUGUAAUUCAAGGUUUCAAUUCUCAGCGCAUUUUUUUCCCUGUGCCCACCCAAGGAAACAGGGCAUGAAGUACUUUCUGUCCAGUGGUCCAGAGUUUGAAUUCCUGUGGGACAUCGGAACCCCAUAUUCGAUCGUGUGGUUCUGGACCGGUGUCAGUUGAACGCCGUCGUCUGUUGCCUUGGGGGCAGCAUGUAGUACGUUUUUGGUCCACACACCCAAGCUGUCCCCUGGACCCAGUAUGUGCCACGCUUAAAAGUCAUAGCUGCAUCGGCAUUGUCCUUCCAGACUAUACUGCAGUUCUUGGUUCGACCAAGUUUUGUCCUUCCGUAUGAGAAGUCGAAACAUAUCGGGUGACAUUCUUCACUCUGCAAGAAGGCUGGAAAUGUCAUUAUUCUUUUGUUUGACACGUUCACGUUCACCCAGUGCGCUUCGUCACACGUCCAGUUUGUAGCUGUUAGGUUAUUCACAUCGUAGGUCAGCAGUGAAAACGCUAGGGCUCUCACUAUAAACAUGUCUCUAUGUGAACAAGUUCCAUUUAUGACUUUCAUGUGAAUGCAUAUGCUCGUUUCAAGUGACAGAACCUUCCCAUAAAUAGUUGCAUGGACAGAAGUUGCAGGCAUGUGUGAGCAAACAGCAGUUCUUUUCUAUCGUGCGGUUGUAUACAUAUCUGUACCACGCGUUGUUCAUCCAGGGAUGAUUGUGGUCCUGCGUCAUCUUGUCCAGGUGUGAGUUGUCAUGUGUCCAAGCUUUCUUUGUCCGUUCCCUCGGAUCCAUCUUCAGUAGGAUGAGACAUCCUGCCACUAGGACUGUCAGGGUUAGUGAGAUUAGGAGCGACUUCAUGUUUACCUGGCUUACCUCACAUCUCAGGGGACCUAGGCAAGAAGAAAAAGUGCGGGAUAUACCCAAUCGGCACUUCCUUCACCUGACGAAUCACCCAAGGGUAAGGAAGUCAGUGUCUGGUUAGUCUAUGCUCUCGCUCACUCUUUUACAGUGGCUUUGAUGGAUCCAGGACGGUCUUUCUGCUAUUUUGCAGGCCGUUGGUGUGGUCAGGAGUACUUGGUAGGGUCCUUCCCAACGGGGUGAGCUCCAAUUUUUCCUCUGGAGCACCCUUAUCAGGAUCCAAUCACCUGCCUUCAACCUGCAAGAUACUGGAGAAGAGUCACACAGCAGUUUGUUGUUCAACACAGUUUCUGUAUUUUCUAGCAACUUUGCCAUAUAUUGGAACAAAAUGGUUGCAUAGGCAUUUUGCUACAGAGAUUGCAUCUGCCUUUUUCACAGGAUAAAUUUCUGGCCAUUUUGAGAACACGUCUAUAAUCACUAGAGCGUAUUUUGAACCUUGGCUUUCAUUUAGCUCAAUAACAUCCAUGUGAAUGGUAUGAAAUGGGUGAGGUGGUGUGGGAAAGUUACUUCUUUUUGGUCUGAGGUUUCCCUGUGCAUUAUGUUUUUAGCAAAUCAUGCAUGUUCUGACAAAUUCUUUUGCUGAAUUUUCGAAAUUUUGAGUAAAGAAAUGUUUAGAGAUUAUAUCUACCAUCUCCCUCCGGUUGACACAUGAGUGGAACCGUGUGUCACUAAUGCUGCUGUUUUGUGUAGGGAUUUUGGUAGUAUUGGAUUAGCCUCACAAGUCAUCAAAUCAUUUUCUAGCUGUGCUCCACAUUUUAACCAUUUCUUUUGUUCUGUAGUUGGUGCGGCUUUUUGUUCGUUUUUAAGCACAUCAAGUGGUAUUUGCAUUGCGGAUUCAGACAUUAAUGUGUCUAUAGUUUGUUGUGCUGCUGCUUUUGCGGCUUGAUCUGCGAAGUUAUUGCCUUUAGUAACCUCUGAGUUGUCUUUCUGGUGUGCAGCAUAUUUACAUAAUGCUAACUGUUUUGGCAAUGUUAUCACUUCCAAUAGUGCCUUUAAAAGAUUUCCAUGUUGCACUGGAUUGCCAGUAGAAGUAAUCAUACCUCUAUUCUGCCAAAUUCUUGCAAAAUGAUGUACUGCUGGAAAAAAACAUACUGACUGUCUGUGUGUCUCUCUGUCUGUCUGAGUCCUUGACACAGUCAGCUCCUUUUAUGGGCAUGUAGUUCCUGUUACACACACGAUUUCCUGUCACAGACAUACCACAGGCACACAUAUUUCCUGUUUCUCCAGACUAACCAAACUCUUUGUUGAACUUUCCAUAUAGCGACAAUAAGUGUCCAACAUUUGAGAGUUGUCUCACAUGUGUCAGGUAAGACAAAUUGGCUUAGAUUUAAAAUUGAAGUCACUGCAUGGGGCACUUUGAUGAUUAAAGUGUGUCCUAAAACAAUGUCAGCUGACUUUUUUACUGCCUCUGCUGCGGCCGCGCAGGUUUGCACACAUGUGGGCAGGCCGGACGCAACAGAGUCUAAUUUACAGAAGUAAAAUGCAAACAGGCGUCGUUUUUCUCCAAAUGCCUGUGUUAAAACUGCUUUCAUGUAACCUGCACUUCCAUCUACAUAUACUAAAGAUCACCAUGAUGAAGCUGAUGACUGCUUCUGCGCUUCUCUGUGCAAUGGCGACCCUGACCACCGCUGCUGGAGAAUGGUAUCUUGUCAAGAAGUCCCCAUCUUGUCCCUGUGGUUGGACUGAAUACUAUGACCAGUGCUUCAUCUAUACAGCCAAACCCAUGAGCUGGGCUCAGGCUGAGAUAAACUGUCAGUCCAUGAAUGCAAACCUUGCAUCUGUGCGCAGCCUUGAGGAGUACCAGCUGAUUCAGAGGCUGAUAUCAGAUGCCACUCAGCAGCAUGGAUUUGCUUGGAUUGGAGCUUCGGAUGCAAUAAAGGAAAAGUUUUGGUUUUGGAGUGAUGGGACACCUUUCAAAUACACAAACUGGUGUACUGGACAGCCUGAUAACUUUCGGGGCAUUCAGAACUGUGCAUAUGUAAAUUUCUCAGACAAAAAGUGCUGGGAUGACGGUGGCUGUGAAAGUGCUCUUCCAUCUGUCUGCGCCAAGAAAAUCUGAUGAAAGCACAAAUACUUCACACAAGAUAUCACCUGAAGAAUCUGUGUGUCAUUAUUUAUCUUUGAUUUCCUUUAUUGCUGUAAUGCUACGCAAGGAAUGAAGCGACAAGUAACAUAAACAAGAGCUGGGUUGUCGCGUAAUACAAGAGAACUGAAUGUGUUGUGGAAAGAAUGCUUUUAGCAUAGUU